AGUCGUCAGUGAGGCACUGCCAGUGAGCAGUCCACUACGCCCACCGAUACAUUGCGAACAAACCAGUUUGAUCCUUAUCGGAACGUGUUAGAUAUCAGUUUCAUAAUGGCAAGCGCACUUCUGAGUAAAGAAUUGCCCGACAUCGAGAACUUAUUGAAAUUGAAUCCUACUGUCAAACCUUAUACAAAUCUGGUGCCAUCAGCUCAAACCAAGAAGAAUAAACAACAUUGGAAGAGGAAUGCUGACAGAAAAUGCACAAGUUGCCCGACCCUGGAUAAGAACUUCGAUGAUAUCAAACACACCACGCUGUCGGAGCGAGGCGCCCUGAGGGAAGCCGCGAGAUGUUUGAAGUGCGCAGACGCACCGUGCCAGAAAUCGUGCCCCACCCAGAUCGACGUCAAGAGUUUUAUCACCAGCAUCGCUAAUAAGAAUUACUAUGGGGCAGCGAAGGCGAUAUUAUCAGACAACCCAUUAGGUUUGACGUGUGGCAUGGUGUGCCCCACUAGCGAUCUUUGCGUCGGUGGCUGUAACCUCCACGCGAGCGAGGAAGGCGCCAUUAAUAUCGGUGGACUGCAGCACUUCGCUGUUGAUAUUUUCAUGAAAAUGGGCAUCCAUCAAACUUUGGACCCGAAAACGAAACCGCUGCCGAAUGGAGGCGACCAGAAGAUAGCUUUGUUAGGUGGUGGCCCUGCAAGCAUCAGCUGCGCGUGCUUCCUGGCCAGACUUGGCUACAAAAACAUCACUGUGUACGAGAAGGAAAAGUACCUCGGAGGACUGAGUUCUUCAGAAAUACCGCAGUAUCGCCUACCCUACGAUGUAGUGCAAUACGAAAUAGAACUUGUGAAAAAUCUUGGCGUCAAGUUCCUCACGGGAAGAAAAUUAUCUACGCAAGACUUAACUGUGCAAGGUCUUUUAGACGAUGGCCACGCAGCUGUGUUCUUGGGCAUUGGUCUACCGGAACCUAAAAGUGUACCAAUAUUCAAAGGGUUAACUCAACAUAUGGGUUUCUUCACCAGCAAAGAUUUUCUACCUCUAGUUUCCAGGGGUAGCAAAAAAGGUAUGUGCGCAUGCAAAUCAUCGUUGCCCGAACUAUAUGGUAAUGUGAUAGUGCUUGGUGCCGGUGACACUGCUUUUGACUGCGCCACUUCAGCACUCCGAUGCGGUGCUCGGAGGGUAUUCGUGGUGUUCAGGAAAGGAUUCAGCAACAUCCGAGCUGUACCAGAAGAGGUGGAUUUAGCAAAGGAAGAAAAGUGUGAAUUCGUGCCAUUUAUGUCCCCUCAAGAAGUUAUUGUAAAGGACGGAAGAAUUGUCGCAUUGAAAAUGUGUCGUACUGAGCAACUCGAAGACGGCGAGUGGAUAGAAGACACCGACCAAGUAAUGCAAAUAAAAGCAAACUUCAUAAUAUCAGCUUUCGGUUCAGGACUUUAUGAUACAGAUGUAAAAGAAGCGAUGUCAGGUGUUAAGUUGAACCGUUGGGGAUUACCCGAAGUCGAUAGUGCAACAAUGCAAAGUGCGAGUAACCCUAAAGUAUUCAUUGGGGGUGACUUGGCUGGAGUCGCUGAAACCACUGUCGAAUCAGUGAAUGAUGGUAAAACGGCUGCUUGGUACAUGCACUGCUAUUUACAGGGUACACCGUUCGAGUCCCCGGUGGAGUUACCGAAGUUCCACUGCCCAAUAGACGAGGUAGAUCUGUCAGUGGAAGUGUGCGGUAUCAGGUUCGAGAAUCCGUUCGGUCUAGCGAGCGCUCCCCCCACCACUAGCGCGGCCAUGAUCCGACGCGCCUUCCAACAGGGGUGGGGAUUCGCUGUCACUAAAACAUUUGGUUUGGACAAGGAUUUGGUGACUAACGUUUCACCUCGUAUUGUGCGCGGCGUUACUUCUGGUGAGAAUUACGGACCCGGACAAGGGUCUUUCCUCAACAUCGAACUGAUCUCGGAGAAAUGCGAAGCUUAUUGGUGCCGGAGUAUUCAGGAGCUGAAACGGGACUUUCCGGAGAAGGUAGUGAUCGCGUCGAUAAUGUGUUCGUACAACGAAGCGGAUUGGACGGAGUUAUCACGGAAAGCCGAAGACGCUGGUGCCGAUGCUCUGGAGCUGAAUCUAUCAUGCCCCCACGGUAUGGGCGAGUCCGGCAUGGGAUUGGCUUGCGGUCAGGAUCCAGUUUUGGUGAAGGGCAUUUCACAAUGGGUUAGGAAGGCGAUCAAGAUACCUUUCUUCGUGAAACUCACACCUAAUAUUACAGACAUCGUUUCGAUAGCAGUGGCUGCUUAUGAAGGUGGAGCGAGUGGUGUGUCAGCGAUCAACACAGUGUCUGGUUUGAUGACGGUCAGGUCGGACGCUACCCCAUGGCCUGCAGUCGGUAUAGAGAAGCGUACGACAUACGGCGGCGUGUCAGGCAACGCGACGCGGCCGAUGGGCCUCCGCGCGGUGUCCGCCAUCGGGAACAGGCUGCCGCGCUUCCCGAUACUCGGCAUCGGUGGCAUCGACUCGGCCGAUUCCGCGCUACAGUUCAUACUGUGCGGGGCUCCAGUCGUACAGAUAUGCAGUGCAGUUCAGAAUCAAGAUUUCACGGUUGUGGAAGAUUACAUAACCGGUCUGAAGGCUCUUCUGUACUUACGGUCUUUAGGUUUAGACGGAUGGUCAGGACAAUCGCCGCCGACGUUCAAGCAUCAGAAGGGGAAACCGGUUGAAACCCUCUACGAUACUAAUGGCAAGGUGCUCGCGCACUUCGGACCUUACGUUAAACAACGCGAAGACAUCCUUCAUGAAAAACGAAUGAAAUCUGACAUUCUGUGUGCUAACCAAACAGAGAAACAAUACGAAGGCAAAGUUAACAGCGUGACAGAAGUACCGAAAAUUAAGGACGUUUUGGGCGCAGCUUUGCCUAGAAUAGGAGCUUAUAAGACAUUGGAUAAUACUAAACAAGUGGUAGCGUUAAUAGACGAUGAUAUGUGUAUCAACUGUGGGAAAUGCUAUAUGGCCUGCGCAGACUCCGGUUACCAAGCAAUUGAGUUUGAUCCAGAAACUCAUAUACCACACGUGACAGAUGAUUGCACUGGAUGCACAUUGUGCUUGUCCGUUUGUCCCAUCAUUGACUGCAUAUCGAUGGUACCGAAGCAAAUUCCACAUGUAAUCAAAAGAGGAAUCCGCCAAGACGUUUACCCCAUCUCACCUCUGAGUGCAGUUUGUCAAUAAAUCGGAACAAAAUAAAAAAUUAUACUAUGUCUCAUAGAAAAUUGUAUUGUA